GCCAUUAACAACAUAGAGCCUAGUACGCAUGUACAUCGGUUCGAAUUGGUAUACCCCAUUAGCACAGAGGGAUGAAACUGCCAAACCAAAUCCCAGAAUAGUAGACGUAGUGACAACAUGCGUGAAAAUGUAAAUUAGUGAGAUGAAAAGAUAAGAAAGUUAUGAAGAAUCCAGAAGCUCAGAAUUUGGAAGAAGACAAAAAUCGGAUGUACCUGCACCAUUGCAAUUGAUUUUGAGCUCUAUCAUACAAUAUCCCUAACCAUUAGUUACAGGAAUCACGCAAACCCUAACCAGAUAUUCUAUACCCACAAACAUGACUCAGUCCAUUUGUCGAUGACCCCUUAGACUGGUGUCACGUCUGUCUGACAGCUCCUACUUUUUUAUCAACCUACUCCUACACCAAACAACAUUGACUGCCGAGACAGAGAGUGGUUGGCUAUACGAAAUACGUGUCCCAACUAUUUCAAUAGAUAAAGAUUCAUUACCUCAUCAGCCUAUUUGUAAUGUUUACCUGGUACCCUGUGUUUAACCUCCAGCCUCAUCUUUUCAUUACACUUAUGUCCUAUGCUUUCUCUCCUGUAUUUCUUUUCUUGUACAAUCCCUCUAUAGUAAAUAGGUACUUUCCACCUUCCGUUCAUUCGACUGGAAAAAUUAAUUUGUUUUUAUUAUAUCCGGACGAAGAAUGAGUGAAUGUCAGAAGUAGAAGAAACAUUUAAAAGAUUAUUGGCACACAAAGGAGUUAUUGGUGCAAUUAUUGUAAGCUCAGAUGGGAUCGCAGUAAGAACUUCCAUGGAUAACAGUACCACAAAUCAUUACUGUGGUCUUAUUCAACAAUUGGUCGCAAAAUCUCGUUCUGCUGUUCGUGAUUUAGAUCCAUCUAAUGAUUUAACAUUUUUGCGUAUACGAAGUACUCGAAAUGAAAUUAUGGUAGCACCAGAUCGUGAUUACAGUCUCAUCGUUAUACAAGAAACAAGCACAGAAUAAAACGUUUUAUUGUUUAUAUGGUUUUAGAUCCUUAAAGAAAAUAACAAUAUUUAUGCCUAAUAACUAACGGUAACUUAACUUCAUGGUUUUUGGUGCUAUGGUUCGUUUUUUUUCAACGGCUGUUAUUGUCAUUCUAUAUAACUAAUAAAUUGAUCGGCUAAUAAUGUCACAACUAGA